CGAUAGUCAGCUGAUGACCCACCCACGGAAACCUGCAGCAAAAGUCUAAAAAGUAAACUAACCAUCUGCUUUAUUCACUAUUUGUGCGUUUUAUGCACAUACCCGCCUAUAUCGUGCCGGUGGACAUUUUACAAUUGGACCCCAGCGAAAUCUGAGCAAGAACAGUACAAUGAGCUACGAUGACGAUGACUAUCCGGCGGACACGUUCCCCAAGGACUUUGGCUACAGAGCGUACAACCAGGAUGGUCUUGAACUGGAGCCGAAUGCGACCGGCAGCAGCGAGACAAAGCCCAGGAUCUUGCUGAUGGGACUGCGUAGAUCGGGCAAGAGUUCCAUCCAAAAGGUGGUCUUCCACAAGAUGUCGCCGAACGAAACCCUAUUUCUGGAGUCUACCAGCAAGAUCGUCAAGGACGACAUAAACAAUUCCAGCUUUGUGCAGUUUCAGAUAUGGGAUUUUCCGGGUCAGAUUGACUUUAUCGAGCCGACCUUUGACUCCGACAUGAUCUUUGGUGGCUGCGGAGCGCUGGUGUUUGUUAUAGAUGCGAAGGAUGAUUAUAACGAAGCUCUGACCAAGUUCAAAAAUACAGUGAUAAAAGCCUACAAGGUAAACCAGCGCAUCAAGUUCGAAGUGUUUAUCCAUAAGGUUGAUGGAAUCAGCGACGACUCUAAAAUGGAAUCGCAGCGCGAUAUACAUCAGAGGACGUCGGACGACCUCAGCGAGGCAGGCCUCAACCAGAUCCACCUGAGUUUUCACCUCACCUCCAUAUAUGACCACUCGAUCUUCGAGGCGUUCUCCAAAGUGGUGCAGAAACUCAUUCCCCAGCUGCCCACGCUCGAGAACCUCCUAAACAUCUUUAUACCAAACUCUGGUAUAGAGAAGGCUUUUCUGUUUGAUGUUGUCUCCAAGAUCUACAUAGCCACAGACUCCUCGCCGGUGGACAUGCAGACCUACGAGCUUUGCUGUGACAUGAUUGACGUGGUCAUCGAUCUGUCUAGCAUAUAUAGCUCGGAGGAAACCGCCUUUGACAGCGGCAGUUCUAGUCUCAUAAAGCUGAACAACAACACGAUACUCUACCUGCGGGAGGUGAACAAGUUUCUGGCAUUGGUCUGUAUCCUGCGCGAGGAGAACUUCAACCGUCAGGGAGUGAUCGACUACAAUUUUAUCUGCUUCCGUGACGCCAUUAGCAAGGUGUUUGAGCUGCGGCUUAAACGCCAGAAGGAGCUCGAGAAUAUUGACCAAGACGAUGAUCAGGAUGAUCUUGUCGAGGAUCAUACCCUGAUUGGCCAUGGCACCGACCCAUCUGUGAUGUCGCGAGCGCGGCCAAUAGAUUAGGCUCACUCCAUUGCUAUUUCUAGGCGGGUCACGUUUAUUUCUCUACGCUAACUUCUCUGUGGACACAUUGAUUCCGAUUUAUAUGUUUUUCUUCCGUUAUAUCUGCUGUUAAUUUUUUGUCUACUGAUAUGUUAAGUCGCUCCCCUUGCAGAGCAGCGUGAGCAAGUUGCCCAGCGGUUGAAAUUAAUGAUAAUAAUACCAAUAAAUAUGUCUAUUUUUAAUCAACAAAAAACGUAUGUAUAUUGCGCCAUUUUGAAAAUUUCAGGAAUCGUAAUAGUUAAAGUUUAUUAAAAUAAAAGUAAGUUUUCUAAUUUAAUACAUGUUUUGCAAGUUUCUUAAUAUUAUUACUUAAUUAAUACUGCUGUAUUUACAAAGAUGAUCUGUUUCUUUAUUUAAUUUUUCGAAGAUUUUCGUCCACGAUUUUUUCAGAAAUUUGAAUUAAUUUCUGACCACAAAAUUAUAAAUUUAUAUUUUAAAACACAUGUGCUUAUCACUAAAUAUUUUAAAAACAAAUAAGUUAUUUUUCCGCCCCUUAACUUAACGGUAUCACGGUAUAUAUAUUUCCAAGCCUGGCCACACUGCAUAAAAGUGAGACCAGGCCGCAGGGGGCCUACUGAGACCAGCUGAGUGGAAAUUUUGAACAUAACGCAGUGGAGCCGUGGAGAGGAAACAACUUGAAAAUAGGUUUUGCUCUGUGGUGUCGUGACCGGGGGUUAGUUAAAGAACGCGACUAGCUUAGUUAGCCAAUUGUUGGCCGCCGAGUGGCCCUAACAUUCCAUUUGAAGCGCCGGACACGGAUUUGGUGCAAUCGCAGUAAUCGCCGAAAAAAAAGAGAACCCUGGAAAGUGGUUGGUGUGUGUGUUUGUGUGUGUGUGUAUAUUGGCGAGCA